UGAAGCUAUGUACUGUCUUGCCCAUUUGUUUUAUGGUUUUAUCUUAUUCUAAAUAGACUAAAUAGAGACCUUGGCAGAAGUCUCUAAUUUUUUUGGACUUCACUCUGAUUUACUGUGAAAUUUACAAAUUCUAUUAUGAAAAUCUAAAUAUUUUAAUAUAUCUUUUAAUAGACAAGGGAUUGUGAAAACUCUGAAUGUUAAAUCACUUUGGAUCAAGAAAGAAGGCUUCUGUAAUAAUUAGUAAUAAUAAUUAACGUCAUUGUUUAUUUAUCCCCCUAAGUUAAUUUUCAUUUUGCAUCGUUGACCUGAUAUGAAGAGUUGUAACUUUACACAUAUCAAAUACAUUGUUUAUUUAUGUGAACUGUUUUGUAGACAGUAAGAAAAUCUUUGUCUGCAUUUUCUUGUGUCUUGUGUCCUGUGUCCAUCCCCAGCCUUUGUGAAGAUGCCUUGCUGUUCCAGCUUCUUGUCUUGGCCUUCAAAUGCAUAUGUUUAACAUCCAAUAUCAGAUAUUGCUAUUGUUAUUUUUUUUUAAUUUUCAAAUGUCUUCCACAUGACAGACACCAUUUUUAUUUUGUAACUUUGGGAUUGUAUGGUCUCUGAUUCUCUGACUCUGAUCAUCUGAUCAUUUUACAAGUGUAAUUUAAAAUUCAAAAUUUUGAAAAUAAAAUGUUCAGAAUACUUUUUGUGUGUGUGUACUCGCGCACGUGUUUGUGUGUGUGUUUUCCAGCCAUGUCUAUAAAAAAAGUCACCACGCCUUUCUCUUGCAGAGCUCUGGGCUCAGGGGCUUAGCUGCAGGGGUUCAAGGUGUUUGACAUCAGCUGGAAGAUCAUUUCACAUCUGUUAGUUGUUGGAUCACACAACAACUCUUUAACAUAGGAACAUGGCAAAUCACAGCUCUGCUGCUGAGGGUGGGACUUUGGAGAGGUUGGGUUACCGUGGCGUCAUGGUGCAGGUUCUUUUGUUGACUUUUCUCUGCACCAACUUGUUGCUUAUUGUUACCCUUUUGUCCAAUAGUUGCUUUUACACCAGGACGCGCUACAUACUUUUCACUGUCACACUUUUCUCUGACAGUUUAAUUUUAUUUAUAAGCGACAUUCUGUUUCUGGUCAAUCGCUUCAAGAUGCACAUAGCCUUGUGUGUUCCAAUCUACAUUCUGGUGCUUGUUUACAUUUUUGUUACGCCCUUGACUCUGACAGCAAUGACCUUAGAGUGCUAUGUGGCCAUUUGCUUGCCACUGCGUCAUGGAGAGCUCUGCACCACCCGCAGGACCCUGCACUGCAUCCUCAUCAUCCACGGCCUGAGCCUGUUGCCCGUCACAGUAAUUCUCAGUGUUUUCUUCAUCUCAGCUCCUCCCAUAUACUACUCCAUUCAAAGAGUCUGCUCCAUGGACAUGUUUGUCUUUCUCAAAUGGCAGGAUAAUGUUAAGUUGGUUUUAUAUCAGGUGUAUUUUCUUGCAAUGGCUGCCACCAUCUGUUUCUCCUUCAUUAAAAUCAUGAAGGCAGCCAGAGCUGCUUCAAGAGAAGAUAAAAAGUCAGAGAAGAAAGCACUUAGAAGAGUGUCACUGCAUGGUUUUCACCUGCUCCUCUGUCUAGUCCAGCUGUGGUGCCCUUUCAUAGAAACUGCCGUUCUUCAUAUCAGUAUUACACUGUUUAUUGAUGUCAGAGUUUCAAAUUACAUUCUGUUUUAUCUUUCUCCAAAGUGUUUGAAUCCACUCAUUUAUGGCCUCUGGGAUGAGAAGAUUCUCCAAGCUCUGAAAAAGAAAUUCCUGUCAUGGAGACAAGAAAAAGAAUAGGAAACAAAGUCUAUAGGAGCUAGACGUUUGCAAAAUGUUUAACUUGAUCUUUGUUGGAGCACAGUUUGGUUUUAUUACAGAAAUAAAUCUAUCAAGGCACAAGUUGUUUUUGCUUUUAAAUGAGUCACAUCUCCUGAGUCACACUACAGGUUUUUGAUUGAACUUACUGCAUCAUUGCUGGACCAUUAUUAAUGCAAGAAGCCAAUUGAGGUUGAUCUUUAACAGGGUUUAAUCCUCGUGUAAUUCUACACCAGAACAGAAGAU